AGUUGCGCGCUUUGCGGAUGGACAUACGACUGGUUCUGUUGUUCGAUGAUUCUUCUUGGCAUCAUCUCAAACGGCAUGGCCUCCUUGGUCAUAGGGUCUGCAAGUUUAGAGCUGCAAGGUGUGAAGUCAGCACCUACGGCUCCGCCUGGAGACGGAAUGCUGAUGGACGGUGAUGAUGUCGUCCUCCUGCUCGGGAAAGAGGAAGACGUCGCUACUACCAUUAUGAGAGGCAGGUUCACUCUAAGAUAUGAGCCUUGGGACGAGUAUGCUGCUAUUGGAUCGUGUUCGCUCCUCCUCGUCGCACAACUCCUCGCGCAACUGCUCUUGAUUCCCCAGGGCACAUUCUUUGGUCAAAUCAUGUUCUUGUCCUCUUUAGCAGCUUCGUGGGCGUACAACCUGUACUUGUCCUCAAUCGACAACGAGCAUAUCCAGGAAGAGUUACUCCUAGAAGCACUCAAUCUGAAUGAGCAACAUAUGCGGACUUACAGCCUUGGCACGAGAACAACUGCUGCCGUAUUCGCAUGCCUGAUGCUCCAGCCUCCUGGUUUCGAACCAGAAGGUAUCAUCUGCAAAUUCAUUCCAAAUGAUACACCAGUAUGGACGACAUGGAGAGAAAAGGUCUUGGGUGUAAUGAGAGACCAGAAAGUUUGCAGCCAAGACACUUGCUACGAUUUGCUCCAGAUGAGUGACCAGGAGAAAGAUAUGUUCAAGCCCAAUGACCAAAAGCUUCUCGAAAACCUGUUAGAGGACGCUCGCACCGCAUACGAACUGGCUGUGAACGAAAAGCUUUGGCUUAAGUGUGGCUGA